AUACCUGCCUUGGGUGAGCACUCACUGCUUGCCGCCCCUCAAUCCCGCUACUGCUCUGCCAGGGCAGACACACCCCCACUCUACUUCACCCCACCUUCCGAGUCCCCGGCUACGGGGCUUUCUUCGAGCUCUGGUCGGUCGUGGAAGAAGGCUUCGCCUGAGCCCAGCAGCACCUUCGGAGAGCACUUCCAUGGGGUUCAGGUCUCCGAAACCUUCGUACCCAUCUCAGUCCCACCAGGCUUGGCCAGCAGUGGGGAGCUCCCGCAGCCAGUGACUUGGGACAAGUUCGAGAUCGGCCCAAUCGCCAGCUAUCCCUCAGCCUCUAACAAGGCUACAAGGCAAAUCGCUGUGGCUGCAUCAGGGGGUCGGGACUGCCCCCUCCACACCCAGCCCCAAGCGAUGAUGAAGACGACGUCCAGUGGGAACUGUGCACUCAGUGUGCCGGCCAAGAACUCCUACCGCAUGGUAGUCUUAGGGGCCUCCAGAGUGGGCAAGAGCUCCAUCGUCUCUCGCUUCCUCAAUGGCCGUUUCGAAGACCAAUAUACACCCACCAUUGAGGACUUCCAUCGGAAGGUCUACAACAUCCGAGGGGAUAUGUACCAGCUUGAUAUAUUGGACACAUCAGGCAACCACCCCUUCCCAGCCAUGCGGAGGCUGUCCAUCCUUACAGGAGAUGUCUUCAUCCUUGUGUUCAGCCUGGAUAACCGAGAGUCCUUUGACGAAGUCAAACGUCUCCAGAAGCAGAUCUUGGAAGUCAAGUCCUGCCUGAAGAACAAGACCAAGGAGGCAGCUGACCUGCCCAUGGUGAUCUGUGGCAACAAGAAUGACCAUGGGGAAGUAUACCGCCAGGUCCCCACCGAUGAAGCUGAGCUCUUGGUCUCUGGUGAUGAGAACUGUGCCUACUUUGAAGUGUCAGCCAAGAAGAACACCAACGUAGAUGAGAUGUUCUACGUGCUCUUCAGCAUGGCCAAGCUUCCCCAUGAGAUGAGCCCAGCCUUGCACCGUAAGAUCUCUGUUCAGUAUGGAGAUGCCUUCCACCAGAAAUCCUUCUGCAUGCGCAGGGUAAAGGAGAUGGAUGCCUAUGGGAUGAUCUCCCCAUUUGCCCGCCGGCCCAGUGUCAAUAGUGACCUCAAAUACAUCAAGGCCAAAGUCUUGCGGGAGGGCCAAGCCCGAGAGAGGGAGAAAUGCACCAUCCAGUAAGAAGAGUGUUGUAGGGAAGGAGGCUCACCCCAGCAGUGCCUUAAGGGACAUGGCUCUGGAGAAGGUCCCCAGCCAAGCCUGGGAGGAAUGAGGGUACUGGGCAGCAGUGCUGCUCUUUCUCCCUUGCAUCUGGGAGCCCAAUUGCACUGGACACCAAGGCAGCAGCCCCUUGGGCUCUGUAAAUAGUUCUGGGUCUUCUCUGCUGCCUCCCCUCUCCUCGUUGAUUCUCCCUGUCUCUUACUGGGAUAACUGACUCCCUGCACCUGGUAGGAGAAUGUCUCUCUGCCAAGGAGACAGAUGAGAGAUCUCAGUUGGGGUGAAUGUGAGCCAGAGCUUUCAUCUUCUGGAGGAUGACACCUCAUCAGUCGGAGUUCAGAAGGGGCAGGAGGCAGAAUCACAAAGCCUUUCUCCAGGACUCAAUCCAACUGAACCUCUGAACUCAUCUUGUGGGUCACUGUCUCUUGGGUGAGGACUGGACUGGGCAUUGGGUCUGGGGUCUUUGAGCCGUGUUGCAGUCCUCUGCUUGGGGGAGGGCUGCUCUGAGCAGGAGGGAGGUGACACAUAGCUCUCCCAUGAAUUUGUGUCCUUAUUUUCUGCUGUUGAUUUUUUUCCUCUCCUGCGGAUGCCCUCUUCCCCCACUCCCCAACCAAAGUAGACUCAGUGGUGUUCAUGUGUUUGAUAUGGUGUGUUUGAUGUACCAAGAAUUUCUCUUCUUAAGCUCCUUGUUUUAUCAUUUGUCCUUAUUCUCAUGGCCAUUGUCCCUUGAAUGUGGACAGAAAUAGAUACCCAAACCACUGGACCAUCCUAAGGAGGCCUGUGCCAUCAUUCUUAGCCAGCCCAUCUGCCACCUGUUCCCUUUAGGGAGCAGGGAACGCCUUCCCCAACAGCCCAUAUUUACCACCUGCCCUUCUGUCCCCUCCUUGCAGAAGCACCCAGCCUGACUCCUGAUUUCUCCCCUCACUGGCAGUGACCUUGGGCAGCCUUCCUUUGAUCUCACAGGCUCAUCUGAUCAGUAAAAAGCAUCUGAGCCUUUUCAUAUUUGGGAGAAGGAAGGAAAGAGAGUAGAAUCUUGAGCUUAAGCUAGGACCCAGGGCUAGCGGCAAGAAUAGGGAAUGCAGAAUCAGAAAAACUAAUUUGAAUCCCAGCUCUGCCUUGUACUGCCUGUAUGACCUAGGACUGGCCAUUUUGGCUCUCUGCACCUCAGUUUCCCCUUCUGUAAAAUGAUGGGGUCAGAUUGGAUGGCCUCUGAAAUCCCUUAUAGCCAAGAAUUUAAAAAAUAAUAACUUCUCAUCCUGUAGUAAUUGAAGGUUUGCAAAAUGCUCCCCCAGUGAAGGGGAAAAAAGUGGGAGGUGAAUGUUGUUAUACCCAUUUUGCAAAUGAGAAAGCUGAGAUUCAGAGUGGGCAAAUGACUUGGCUGGCCUAUAAAUGGCAAAGCAUAGAAAUAAACCUAGGUCUUCCGACCAUAACCCCUGGAAGAACAUCAUCUCCACAAUCCACAUUUUGUUAUAAUGGAUGGGAUCUAUGGUACCCCAAUGAGGCCAUGGGGAGUGAGAUUAACUCACAAAUUUGUGGCAUAGGGAGGUUCUUUAUAAUUGGAUCUCAUUGUAUUCCACAAACACCUGAAGCUCCAUAGAUCAUGGAUUUGGAGAAUUAUAAAGCUGAAGGAUCAUCUAGUCCAACCCUCUCAUUUUUCAGAUGGGAAAACUGAGGCUGACAAAAUACCUCCCAUUUCUCUAGUAUUUUAAGGUUUUCAAAAUAUUCUCUUGAUGAAUUUGGUAAAGCUGGACAAGUUUUUUUUUUAAUCUUCAUCUUACAAAUGAGAAAACUAAAACUCAGUGAAAUGAGAUGAUUUAUCCAUAGCCACAAGGUAGAGUAUGUCGGAGCUGAGGUUCAAACCCAGAUACCCCAACUCCCAAUAAAGAGAGGAAUCAAGGAUCUAGCUCAGGUUGAGGAAAGCAGCUGGAUUUGGAAUCAGAGGACAUCAUUUCAAAUCUUUGUUUGAUACUUUAUAGCCUUGUGAGCUGGGGGAGUAAUUUAACUUCUUUGGGCCUCGGUUUCCCUGCAUACAAAAUGAGAGGGUUGGAUUAGGUAACUUGUAAAUAUAUGAUCCUAUGAUCCAAAUCCAGUGCUCUUUCCAUUUUCCUGUGCUUUCUGGCUGAGAGGUGAAGGGGGAGGGGGAGUUAGUGGCAACGACAGGUUUAGAACCAAGCUUUCCCCACCUGCCUCCCAGGUGCUCUCCAACCCAGGGAGGGAGAAGAGGAGUGGGAAGUAAGUUCUUUUGAAACCCUCCCCUGCUCUUAGAUUCAAUCCUAAGUAUUGGUUCUAAAGCAGAGGAAUUGCAAGGGCUAGGCAAUUGGAGUUAAGCUACUUACCCAGGGUCACCCAGCUAGGACUCUGUCUGAGGCCAGAUCUGAACCCAGGACCUCCUGUCUCUAGGCCUGGCUUUCUAUCCACUCUAUCUAACAGGGAGGUAAAUGAUAUGAUUCCCAUUUUGCAGAUGAGAGCCCUGGACCUCAGAGAUGCAGAAAAAUGUAACUGGGAUCAUUAACAUGGAAUCAGCCAGUAACAGGUGAAUCUGAGAACUGAACCUAGGUCUUCUGGUCAGAAACGGUGGGGCUCUGUCCAGAACACCGUCUCUAAGAAGACCCUGCAUCGUGUCAUAAUAGGACUUGGAUCUGGAAGAGACCUCUGAGCUUGAGUCCAACCCCUUAAUUUUACAGAUGAGAAAACUGAGCCCCAAAUCACAUAGAUAGAAGCAUCAGAGGGAGGAUUGGAACCCAUGUCUUCUGAUUCUAGAGAAGUAGGAUUCAUGGGUUCUCAAGCUAGAGAAUAGAUUGUAUAUUAGUCCUAUUUUGCAGAUGAGGAAACUGAGGUACAGAGUUUAAGUGACUUGACCAAAACCAUGAAGAUAAGUAGGAGAACCAAAUCUUUUGGCACCAAGUUGGAAGAUGUUUGCAGUGCACAAAGUUUCCUCCCAUCUACAUGUCUGUAUAAAUGGCCUGUAAAAGUAGGGCAUUUUCUUCAUACACACACACACACGCAUGUACAUAUAUAUGAAUGUAUAUGAUGUAUGUACAAACUGAACUGGAGAGGUCCGGGAACCCUUUGGGGCCAUCCCUGUGUACAUUUUGCUCACAUUUGGUGCCUCAUCCUCUGCUCCUAGGCAUCUCUGUCCCCGGUGUGGCCAGGUGAGUUCUCUGAGACGUAGCUCCCCUAAGUGCUCUCUUCGUUGUGAUUUCAGAGCCUUGGCGGUCAGAGGCAACAGGAUGGGGACGAGUCCACUCCUUCCCCAGCCUCCUUCCUCUCCCAUGUGGUCCCAGAUCUGUGGGCUGAUUGAGAAGUCAUCAGCUGAGAGCUGCCAGUGGAGCCCAGGGCCAUCUAGGCUGAUCCUCUUAUUAUCCAAGGGAUGUAAGUGAGGCUCACAGUGGGGGAGAGGCCAGAGGCACAGGAGGCAAGUGGGGAGUCAGUCAGGAUUCGAACUCCAGGUCCCACUCGCACUGGGACUGGGUAAGCCUUAGUGUCUCGCGUGACUGCUUUCAGAGGCGUGAUGGAUGGAUCUGCAAAGAAAUGCCCACUUGCCCUCGAAUCUAUCUAUGAAAUUCCCUGCACUUGCAACAAUCGUAAGAACAGCUCUUUCUAUGGCUCUGUCAGCUGGGAAAGUCUGUUUCCUUAGAACAAGUCUGUGAGGUAAGCAGAACAAAUUUUAAAGUGUCAAAUGAGUCCAUUUUACAGAUGAGAAAACAGCCUCAUGGAAAUGAAGAGCCUUGACUGCAUAACCAUAGUCAGGGGGAGCUGGACCCGAACUGGAACCAAGGGACUCCGACCAAGAUCCAAGGCUCUGUCCACAUCCUUGUCCUGCCCCUGCUUGCACCCUGGCCCCCUGCCUUCUCUGCCAGCUCUUCCAAGGAGUCUCCCUGGAGUUUCUCAGCUGCCCGCACUCCCUACCCCACACACACACCCUUCUCCAGUUCCCCCAGUGUACAUAUGUCCGAUGGAGAAUUAAAGCCAGCUUCUUUACCAAACUGUCCUCCCAGCUCCAGGCAAGGCUUCUCCUUUGGACCUCAAAUACAACAGAAGUCAGGGAAACUGGCAAGGGAACGUCCAUGAGCAAAAUCACACUCCUAAGGACGGUAACAUUGUUCAAAGUCAUAUUUCUAGGAAUAUUCUUACUGGAGUUUCAUGCUAUUCAUUAUUAAGGAUGCUCUUAAGUGUUAUGAAUACUAUUCAUGAGGAUUAAGAAUGUGAUUAAUAGUCAUAGUUCUUAGUAAUGUUCUUAAUGCUAAAGACCUUCCCCAGCCUGAGAAUGGGGUCAUCCGAGGCUGGAGGAGAUCGCAGAGGGCAUCUAGUUCCACCUUGUCAUUUUACAAACGGGGAAACUGAGGCCCAGGGAAGUGAAGAGAUUUGCCUGAAGCCUCAUGAGUCAUAAGGGUCAGAGACAGGAUUGGAAUGUAGCUCUCCUGACUCAGCACAUUAUCUGCUGUCCUACUCUCCCUUCCCACUCCUCCUCCUCUCUCCCCAUUGUGCUGGUGGUGUUCCUUUCUAACUUUCUUGUCCUGUCUAUCAGUGCUUAAGCUGAUUAGACAUUAAGGUUCCAAGGAUGAGCUUGGCUGUCAGCCCCCUGUGCUGGUGGUGGCCAUGGUGGACACCGAGUUAGUUCUUUGUUGUAUGUGUGAUAUGUACCACCACCAUAGACUGUCAGCCCCUUGAGGGCAGGGAACCAGUCUGCCUGUGUGCUCUGUAUAGCGCCUAGCCCUGUUGUGAGGGUUCUCAAUAAAUAUUGGACAGCAA